AUGUGCAUGCGUCAGAAGGUGGUGGUGGUGCCAGCCAUGAGGCACCAGCAGCAGCCCAUGCUGGUACCCACGCCACUGAGUCAGCUCAGGUCCAAUAUCAACAUCAAUGACAUCCUUGGAGAUUAUUCUUUGACAUUGAUUGAUGCUUUAGAUACACUUGCUAUUCUUGGUGAUGCAGAAGAAUUCCGUAAAGCUGUGAAGCUAGUCAUUGAAAAUGUUAGCUUUGAUAAGAACUCAACAGUGCAGGUCUUCGAGGCUAAUAUCAGAUUGUUGGGAGCAUUAUUAUCAGCUCAUCUCCUCAUCCAGGAUGAAAAUAAACCAUUUGGGGACCUUGAACCUGAAUGGUAUGAUGGGGAACUACUGGAGAUGGCCUCUGACCUUGCUUCCAGAUUCCUUCCAGCCUUUGACAACUCCAAGACUGGCCUUCCUUACCCUCGAGUAAAUCUACGCGAGGGAGUACCAGAGGGAAGUCGUACAGACACGUGUACAGCUGGUGCUGGAUCACUUUUAGUGGAGUUUGGGGUUCUCAGUCGCCUCAUAGGGGAUCCAGUAUAUGAAAUGUCUGCAAGAAGAGCCAAUAAGGUUCUUUGGAAAUUAAGAAAUUCAAAAACUGGACUGCUUGGUAAGUUGUUUAAAUUAGGGUACACAGGUAAAGGUUCAAAGCUGGACUUGAAGCUUCUAUGGGAUCUUCUUAAGGCUUACAUCCUCUUUGGCCAUCCUGAGGACUUCUCCAUGUUUAACGAGACAUAUACACUUAUUAAGCAGUAUAUGAGAAGGGGCCGACCACACUGUAAUUCAGGUUCUGGUGAUCAUCCUUUAUAUGUUAAUGUUGAUAUGAAGAAUGGUGGAACACAGACAACCUGGAUAGAUUCUCUCCAAGCUGCAUUUGCUGGAAUUCAGGUUCUAGCUGGAGACAUGGAGGAAGCCAUAUGCACACAUGCUCUCUACUACACUAUCUGGAGAAAGUACGGUGUACUACCUGAAAGAUUCAACUGGCAGCGUAUUUCUCCCGAUGUCAUGUUCUACCCACUCCGACCAGAAUUUGUAGAGUCUACAUACUUACUUUACCAGGCAACAAGAAACCCAUUCUACCUACAUGUUGGUCGAGAUAUAUUGACUUCUCUCAACAACUUAACUAAAGCCCAGUGUGGCUAUGCCACUAUUCAUUCUGUAUUAGAUAUGACUCUCGAGGACCGUAUGGAAUCCUUUUUCCUUUCUGAGACCUGCAAAUACCUGUACUUGUUGUUUGAUGUAGAUAAUCCAGUAAACUUAAACUCCCAGAGGUACAUGUUCACUACAGAGGGCCACAUUCUUCCUCUGGCUCCAUGGUUGCGGCAACAAACCUGGGAUACUGAUCUCUUCUCAUCGGUAGAUCCAGUAAUGCAAGCCAAUAUUUCUCAAGCAAAUUGCGCUGUGAUUGAUGAAGAAAGACUUUAUGGUCUUCCACUGAAAAGUCAGUAUCUGGAACAAAUAUCAGUGUCUCUUGGAGUAGAGUUAUGAUGUUUGAUCAUAUUAGAAGUAAUAGUACCUUUGUUGGUCAUUUGUGCAAGACUCUGUCCCUACUUUGAUGCAUUCUGUGGCAAAAACUCUGGGUAAAUAACAUAAGGUUACACAUGCAGUAUAAUUUUGUUGUUUUCCAUCUGUUGAUAAAUCCUCAAGGCAGAUUUUUCCUUAUUCAGAUAUUCAUGGUAAACAUAAUUCAGUUAUUACAAUUUUUCAACAUUGUUAAAAUAAUUUGUAAAUCAUUGAGAAAUAGAUUAAAUCGAGUAGAAUAUCAUAAAAUUUUAUUAGCAGUUGUUACAGAAUAUAUUGGCUUGCCUCAUUUUCAUGCUCAUCUGCAUUUCCAGUUUAAUACAUCACAAAAGCAGAAUUUUUCUAAAAAAAAAGGAAAGAAAGCUUUAGGAUUUAUAAUCAUUUAGUAUUGGAAAAUAAGAAUGGGAUGAGAGGAACUGCUGUGUACUGCUAUUAGAUUUUAUAACCUUUUUAUAAAAGAAUAAUCAAAAAAUAGUUGCUUAUUCAGUAUCGAAGUGCUGUAUAGAGAUUAUUUUAUGCUUCUGACUAAAACAUUCAAGGAUGAAACUUAAGAUGGGGUAACUCAUCGACUGUGUUUCAUAUAUUACAUUGUAUAAUACAAAAAACAUUCAUCACUCAUUUCCUUGCUACUCUUUUCCAUAAAUACAGGCAUCACAAUUUAACCCAUUCAUGUGAGAGACCCUUGCCAUGGCAUGUUAAUUUCAUGAUGUGUGGCAAACCCAUAUGGGUCAUACGUCACCUUGGAGAAUGGGAGGCAAUCAGAUUCAACCCAAAGGUAGGGAGGAUAGCCUCAAGUAUUGGGACAAGAAAUCUAGUGAGUUUCUUUCUACCUAGGAGUUGAAUUUUGUAAAAGGAAAGAUAUGCCCAAUGAGGCCAAAGGAAGAGGAUUCUUAACCCUUUGAGAGUCCAGGGCCCCAAUCUGAAAAUUCCCCACAAGGUCCAAGAAUUUAAAAAAAAAAAAAUGUUUUCUUAUGAAAUGGUAGAGAAUCUUUUUCUGAAGGUUAUAAAACAAAAAAGUAUGAAAUUAUGCUCUUGCGAAUUUUACUGUGUCAGUGAUACUUACACAUCUGCAAUUUUGCCCAUUUUGAGUCCUAUUUUCGGCCAAUUGCAUUGUUCCAUUAGACCAAAUUCUUAGCUAUUUCACUUGUAUGUGUUCCAUUUUAUCAAAUAAGCACAAGAAAUUGCCCAAUCAACUACAGUGGAACCUAAGCUUAUGAACUUAAUCCGUUCCAUGAUCUUGUUCGUAUCCUGAGUUGUUCGUAUGCUGAAUCAAUUUAAAUUAAUUGAAAAGCCAUUAAUCUGUUCCAGCGGAAUUCCUGCUUUCAGAGGCAAGAAAAAUACACUUCAGUAUAACACUAAUAUCAGCUCUACAGCUUAUUUAUCUAUCACAAUUGAUCUAAUAUGACAUAAUAAACAAUAUAAUUACAGUGGUCCCUCGUUUUUCGUAAUUAAUCCGUUCCUGGAGCCAUUACUAUAAACGAAAUUUACGAUUUACGAAUCAAUUUUCCCCAUAAGAAAUAAUGUAAAUACAGUGGACCCCCGCAUAGCGACUUUAAUCCGUGCAAGAGGGCUGGUUGUUAUGCGAAAUGUUCGGUAUGCGAAUGAAUUUUCCCCAUAAGAAAUAAUGGAAAUCAAAUUAAUCCGUGCAAGACACCCAAAAGUAUGAAAAAAUUUUUUUUUUACCACAUGAAAUGUUAAUUUUAAUACACACAAACUGAAAAAGGCAUGCACAAUUACAUGACACUUACUUUUAUUGAAGA